AUCCCCAACGAAGACGCGGCACGGAGCCUGGAAGCACAGUUGCAGGGCGCCACCUACUCGGUGGACUCCGUAGAGAAACGCCCCCGCAGGCAACGACCAUCUCCACCAUUCAUCACCAGUACAUUGCAACAGGAAGCGGGGAGAAAGCUCCGCUUCACCGCCCAACGCACAAUGGCCGUAGCCCAACAGCUGUACGAAGGCCUGAAUGUUGGCGCCGAUGGCUCGGUGGGUUUGAUCACCUAUAUGCGCACCGACAGCACCAAUGUGGCCGAAGUCGCCAUUCAGGAGGCUCGCGCGUAUAUCAGCGAUCGCUACGGGAAACAAUUUGUGCCGGACAAGCCACGGGUUUACCGGACGCGUUCCAAAAACGCCCAGGAAGCCCACGAAGCAAUCCGGCCCACCUCAAUCCGAAGGGAUCCGCGGAGCCUCGCUCCCUACCUGAGCGCAGAACAAUUGCGACUGUACACCCUGGUUUGGGAGCGCAUGAUUGCCAGCCAAAUGGCCGACGCUCAAUUGGAAGCGACCACGGUUGACGUCGAUGCGCGCUGCCUCGGCCAAUCAGAUGAAAUAUUCCGAUUCCGGGCCACCGGCUCGGUGCUUCGGUUUGCCGGGUUCAGAGCCGUAUACCUGGAAGGGCGCGACGACGUUGUUGAUUCGGAAGAGAACGCGCUGCCCGAUCUGGCGUCCGGUGACGGACUGAUCAACCAGAACCUGGCUGCCAACCAACACUUCACGCAACCGCCGCCCCGGUUUACAGAAGCCACGUUGAUCAAGGCGAUGGAGGACAAAGGAAUCGGGCGGCCCAGCACCUAUGCCCCUACCAUUGCUACCCUCAUUGAACGCGAAUACGUGGAACGCGAGCAAACCCGUUUGACUCCGACCAGGAUGGGCUUCACCGUCACCGAUUUGCUGACCGAGCAUUUUGAAGACGUUAUGGACCUGAACUUCACGGCUCGAAUGGAAGCCGACCUCGACGAGGUAGCCCAGGGAAAUCGGGAUUGGGUGCCGGUGUUGCGGGAAUUUUAUGAUCCUUUCAGUAAGGCCAUCAACAAGGCGGCUGAAAAAUUCGCAAUCGCCGAUCAAACCGAUGAAGUUUGCGAAAAAUGCCAGCAGCCGAUGGCAAUCAAAACCGGUCGAUUCGGACGCUUUUUGGCCUGUACCGGUUACCCCAAAUGUCGCAAUACCAAAGACUUGGGCGGAAGAGACCGACGGUGA